AUGUCUGCACCUGUCUCCAGCGGUUCGACACCCCAGCGGUCUCUACCACCUUCACUUGGGCCGUCGCCUCACGAGGCUGCCGGGACAUCGAGUAAUUCACCUCUCUCCGGAACCAAGUCAACAUCUGAUGGCUCUCGUUACCUGCCUGCGCCGAAAAUAGUUAAGGCGCUUUCGGCUUCAAAACUUGCCAACACACUUGGACCAAAGAUGACAACGGAUGGCGUCGGCGUUAAAGAGUCGUACCCUAUGGACAAGUUGCUCGCCAAGCUCUCCGAACAGCAGGCCACACUGAGCCAGCAAUCCUCGCAGCACAAGGCAACGGACGGACCCUGCUCGUCUUUUGCCGAACACGAAUCCUCCAGUAAUUCACUGCCAAUGACCCCAGCGAUUGAUGCUUUUCAAACGACUGCCCCUACGACUCGCCCUGCUAGUGCAACUAUAGACGAGGCACGGCUCGACGUGAAUGAAGUACUUCGUCUCAAGCUGCAACUUGCCCAAGCCCAGAACCAAAUCUCGAAACUUGACCAAGAAUUGGCACAGUCACGAACCAGCGAACCCGACUCCGCGACUUCGGGCUCAGGUGCUGGCAGACGAUCGGCUCCGGCUUCCCGUGACAGCCCUUGGCCGAUCACCGAAGAUUCACACUCGGACACCAGCGAUACCAUGUCUGCGUCUGCUUUUAGAGGUGCCAGGGGAAUUUGGGGCCAUCCGAAAGCUUCCUUUGGCAACAGCACGAGCCAAUCGAGCGCGGCGGAACCGUCACCCACAAAUUGGCUGGGAAGCCGUACACCACAGCAUUUUCCAGACCCGGGUAUCCCGUUUCCUGUCACCGAUGGCUUCCGAGACCGAAUGACCCAAGAAUCUGAUCUGUUCAGCCGCCCUGGACAUAAUCGACGUGGGCCCCGGUACGACAGCCGGGGCGCACCGUCGGGUUUCGUGCCAGCUCAUGGUCCCGGUGGGAACUAUUUUGACUCCAUGGGCAAUAACAUGAGCGGUCCUACUAUGAGCAUGAACCAUCCGCAGGCAGGUUCUGGCAUGGUCAUGUAUCCUCAAUAUCAGCAACAGGCCGCUGGCACCGCACUGUCUCCUCACGCCUCCGAGUUUACUUCAAAGGCUGGAUGGAAAACCGAGAAGUACAUCGUUGACAAGAUUGUCUGCAAUAACGAUCAGCAAGCUUCCAUUUUCUUACAGCAAAAACUCAAAGUGGGCACGCCUGAGCAGAAAUACGAAAUUGUCGAGGCUAUCGUUGCUCAGGCAUACCCGCUCAUGGUGAAUCGAUUUGGAAAUUUUCUAGUUCAGCGUUGUUUUGAGCAUGGUACUCCAGAGCAGGUCAUUAAAAUUGCCGAGGCCAUUCGCGGCAACACUCUCAGUCUCUCCAUGGACCCAUUUGGCUGCCAUGUUGUGCAGAAGGCUUUCGAUUCGGUCCCCGAAAAUUAUAAGGCAAUCAUGGUUCAUGAGUUGCUUCGAAGAAUUCCCGAAACUGUCAUUCAUCGAUAUGCCUGUCAUGUCUGGCAAAAGCUAUUUGAGCUACGUUGGACUGAAUCUCCACCUCAGAUUAUGACCUACGUAAACGAAGCUUUGCGCGGCAUGUGGCAUGAGGUUGCAUUGGGCGAGACCGGAAGCUUGGUAGUCCAGAAUAUUUUUGAAAACUGCCUCGAAGAAGACAAGCGCCCAUGCAUUGAAGAGGUGUUGGCGAACAUUGACAUUGUUGCACAUGGUCAGUUUGGCAACUGGUGCAUUCAACAUGUCUGCGAGCACGGUGCCCCCCCUGACCGAAGCCGCGCCAUCGAUCAUGUUAUCCGCUACGCAUCUGAAUACUCGACGGACCAGUUCGCCUCAAAGGUUGUGGAGAAGUGCCUCAAAAUCGGAGGCACGGAUUUCCUCGGCCGGUACUUGGAUCGUGUGUGUGAAGGGCGACGGGACAGAACUCGGAUUCCUUUGAUUGACAUUGCCAGCGAUCAGUAUGGCAAUUACCUGAUCCAGUGGAUCUUGAAUAACGCAGCGCCACAGCACCGAGAGAUGGUGGCGGCGCAUAUUCGAAAGCAUAUGGUAUCUCUUCGGGGAUCCAAGUUUGGCUCGCGUGUAGGCAUGCUCUGCACCAACCAUGCAGUGACGACCCGACCAGGCCAUGGGGCCGGACCAAGCAUCCCCGGCCGGCUUCCCGGUCCGCGAUAUGGCGCCAACUACAGAUAA